AUGGGCGAUCCGCAGUUUUCGAUCGGCGAGAGGGUGCUGGUGCCGCAUCUGGACAAGCCGUAUGAGGCGAAGAUUCUGAAGGCAGAGAAUCGCGAUGAUGGCGUGUGGUACUUUUAUCUCCACUACACGGGCUGGAAUAAGAAGUAUGACGAGUGGGUGGAGGAGUCUGGACUCCAGAAGAUGUCAGAGAGGGAUUCCUCACCUCCUGGGAGGAGAAGCAGUGGGAAGGGAAGUGGGGACUCUCUUGGAAAGCUUGUCAAGAAAAGAAAGGCAGAAGAAAUGAUGGGCAACACAUCCCUCACUGUUGAGGUGGAACUGCCACCCACCCUGAAGAAACAACUUGUGGAUGAGUACGAGGUCAUCGUCAAUCAGGGCAGGACAGUGGCACUGCCCCGAUCGCCACCAGUCAUGGAGCUGCUGCGACAGUUUGUACAUUUUGGUGGAUCUAACAGAGCCUCCCAGCAGGACCUCCAGCAGCUGGCAACAGGAGUUGAGGAGUACUUUGACAAAGCACUUGGAUCAUACCUUCUGUAUGGCAUGGAGCAGGAUGAGUCGGACAAGCUGAUGGGCGAUGGCACCUGCGCAUCUGCUGUGUACGGAGCUGAGCACCUGCUGCGACUGCUUGUCAAACUGCCAAGUCUUCUUCUCUCCGUGCCUCUGUCACAAACUCAAACAGCCAUAUUGAACUACAGGUUGCAGCUGUUGGUGCACUUCCUGAAUGUGCGGCGAAACGAGCUUUUUGCGAAGUUCUCUGAGUACCGCUUCAAACAGCCAAGCCCCCCAUCUCAACAAGCCAGCGGCGUUCGAGGGGGAGUGGAGUCCAGACACUCUGGGGAUGUUGUUGUGGGAGUGUAG